AAAGAACCCUGACCGUCACUUCCAAUGAUCCAAUGAUUUUAUGAUGUCAGUUAUGAUUCAAACGCUAGCGCUACGAAUAGAAAUACGAGGUUACAUCAAAAAUAAAAGACGAUAUUCGUUUAGGCUCAAGGGCUGGCUGAUACCAAACAAAAAAUAGCCUUUUGUUGACACAGACUACCAAAUUGAACACUGACAGAGGGAAGAUGUCGAGGCUCAAAUUCUACUACGACCUCCUUUCGCAGCCUUCCAGGAGUCUUUUGAUUUUCCUCCAGACAAAUAAAAUCCCUUUCGAACCCGUGCCGAUACGAUUGGGAAAAGGGGAACACAAAACCGAAGAGUUCAAGAAAAUCACGCCAUUACAGCUCGUACCAGUUAUAGACGAUGAUGGCUUUGUUGUAAAGGAGAGUGUUGGAAUUCUUCGCUAUUUGUCCAAGCGGUAUAACGUCGAUGACCACUGGUACCCUAAUGACGUAAAAGAGCAGGCAAAGGUUGACGAAUAUCUCGAAUGGCAGCAUUUAGGCACACGAUUCGCCUGUGGGAUGUAUUUUAGGAUCAUGUGGUUAACGCCGAUGGCGACUAAAGUCGCUCCAAAUUCCAAGCUUGCCGAAAAACAUAAAGAGCUUAUGGUAAACACUUGCAAUACUGUACAAGAUGUAUGGUUGGGGGAUAAAAAGUACAUCUGUGGUGAUAAAAUUUCAAUUGCUGACCUGCUUGCCGUUUCAGAACUGGAACAGCCAAGGCUUGCGGGCUAUGAUCCAAGGGAAGGAAGGCCCAAAUUGGCUGAGUACAUGGAGCGGGUUCGCCAGGAUACAAACCCAUCCUACGACGUUGCGCACAAAGUGCUCAAUACAAUUGUCGAAAAGUUCAAGGGCGAGUGCCCGGCUUUGGUAAAGUCUGCUCAAAAUUAGGCUUUUAUAACUUGAUCACUACUGAGUAAAAUUGAAUCGUUGAAAAUGUAAAUAUAUUUCUGCAUAACAAUUUUUGUUAUUACUUAAUAGAUGAUUGUAUUAAAAUAAAAUAGUUUAGAAGAAGGUA